UCUAUGCCUGGCUAUUAUUACACGUCCAUUGCCGGGAGUACACUCUCUCUCGUGACUAUUGUCGGGCUCUACAUGCUCCUGACUGGCACGGGUGAAGCCUUCAAUGUUGGAAAGUUGCUCGAAGAAACUUCACCUUUUAUCUGGGCUCUGCUCGGAAUGAGUCUCUGCAUUGGUCUCUCAGUCACUGGUGCCGCUUGGGGUAUUUUUAUCACUGGCUCUUCACUGCUCGGUGGUGCUGUCAAGACACCACGUAUCCAGUCCCGUAACUUGAUUUCCAUUAUUUUCUGCGAAGUCGUGGCUAUUUAUGGUGUCAUUAUGGCUAUUGUCUACUCCUCCAAGCUCAGCGAUGUAUCUCCCGAUCAGCUCUAUACCCCUUCUAACUACUUUACCGGUCAUGCUAUCUUUUGGGGUGGUUUGACAGUUGGUGUCUGCAACUUGUUGUGUGGUGUAUGUGUCGGUGUUACAGGUUCGAGUGCUGCUUUAGCCGAUGCCCAGGAUCCCCAGUUGUUUGUUAAGGUCUUGGUUGUUGAGAUCUUUGGAUCGGUCCUUGGUCUUUUUGGUCUUAUUGUGGGACUCUUGACAACUGGAAAGGCUGCUGAUUUCAAGUAGACACUCAAAAAAAAGAAAAAGAAAUACAGUACACUUUCUCUUUUAUAUAUGUAUAUAUAUGUAUGUGUGUGUGUGUACACCUGCGUGUAUAUGUCUCUUUCUAGUCUCAUUUGAGAGAUGCUUUAAAUGAAUGAAAACAAGAUAUAUAUGUAUAUGU